GACAUGUCAUGUCCUUGCCCACCCCAACAAAAGUGAGGCCCACCAAAAUUACGAAUUUGCCAUCAUCUUCUUCCUCGAGCAAACAAACCCAACACCAAACAAACCCAGCACCUGGGUUGAAUCGAACCCAACAACGCCCUUUUUUUUUCCUUCAUCUUCCUUGCCUUGCUUUCUUCAUCAUCAUCAAACACCAAACCCACAAAAAAAUAUAUAUGUUUUUUACCCCUGGGUUCUGUGAACCCAUGCCUGGGUUUGACGGAACCCAAGGUCGAGUUCCAUGGAACCCAGCUGGUUCGCCGCUGGGUUCCAAAGAACCCAGCGGCAAAGCAGCUGGGUUCGAAGAACCCAGGUGUGCUGGGUUCACGGAACCUAGGGUCGGGUUCCAUGGAACCCAGCUAAUUCGCCGUUGCGUUCCAUGGAACCCAGCGCCUGGGUUCCUUGGAACCCAACCUGGGCAAGCGUGCUGGGUUCGCAAGGAACCCAGCACCUGGGUGGUUUCGAAGGAACCCAAGCCUGCUGGGUUCCGAGGGAAAAGAGAAGGGAAAGGGGAAGGAGAAAGAAAAAAGAAAAAAAAAAGAUAAAAGAAAAAAAAUUUUAAAUU